ACCAGUUUAUUACAAAUCUUAAUAAGGGAGAUGGGGAAAGGGAGGACGGACGCUAUUACGGAUUGGGGUGAUGGGGAAGGGAAGGUGAGAGAUAGAAAAGAUAGAAAGAAGCAAGAAUUGUGUAAAGCGGGGAUAGUCACCACCAGGAUCCGGCAGUAGUCCCAUUGCAUGGCGUUCCAACAGCCCGGGGCAAAAGCACAGGGGAAGAGCAGCAGCAGCGUGGCAGGCGUUGGGCAGUGAGAAGGUGCAGUACCAAGUAGGUCCAGGAGGAAGUCCGGGAGGAAGCAGCAGUUCUCCGGUAGCCCUGGAGAGUCCGUCAGCAUACAGACCUUUCGUAGUGAGGGAUCUGAUAGCAGACACCUUCUCAGGGGGGAGAACAGCAGCAGAGAGGCAGCAAGCAGGGAGAGCACAGAGCAAGUCCAGGAGGGAGAGGCAGGUCGUGAGGCUUCCCAUGUCAGAAACCUUGUUCUUCAGCAUGCAGGUCUCAGGUCGUGAGGAAUCUGUUGUCAGAAACCCUCUCUUCAUGAGGAGCCUGUAGUCAGGAAACCCUUUCUUCAUGAGGGAUCUAUAGUCAGAAACCCUAAACCUCAUGGUUGUUCGUCUGUCUUCUAUCCUCCUUCUUCUUCCCUGCCUAGGUGACAUUCCUGGGCGCUUGGGUAAGAGUCAUGGGAGCACCCCCUCAGAUGGCUGUCACCCUUGAGAUAAGUCCAGGCAAAAGACUGUUUCCUGGCCAUUUAGCUGCCACUUAUCUCUCUCUCAUUGCCCCUGGCCUUGUCCAUCUGUUGUCCCUUCAGACAAAGGAUUUCCCAGUCCUUGGUCAGGACUUGCUUGGACUUGUUCAUCUGUGUCCCUCAGCAAGCUUUGAGACGAUGCAAAAGAAUAAUCUCUUACACCGAUUCAGGGAGACACAAGAAGCAGCACAGAGACGCAGGUUCAUUAAGCUGCUAAGAAAGUUCCCAGAAAGUUCACUUGCUGAAGAUCUCACUUUCCUUAUGAAUAAAUCAUUUGCUGUUAAAACAACAGUUGGGCAGGAAGGGGGACUAUUCAUUAAGGAACAUCGAGUCAAUAGGCGGCUGAUGAGAACCUGUUUCCACUGUGUACAAGUGGGAGAGUGGGGGAUGGAAACAUUGUGUUUUCCCAUUAGGCGGUGAAUGAUAAAAAAUUAAAGAAUAAUUCUCAAGAAAUUAGUCAUGGCCAGCCAUUAAUGAGCAUCUCGGCAACACACUAAUGAGCUGGCUUCAGAUGCCUGUAAGAAAAGGACUUUAAUUAGAUUAAUACAUGUAGCAUUGUCCGUAGCCCAGUAGGUAAUCAUCAGGUUUUGCACCAGUGGGAUUACAGAUGACAUUCUAUUUAAUUGCUGUUUCCUUUUCAUUUUCUUCUUCCUUUCCCUUUUAAAGAUUCUUUCCUCCAAAGAAUUUUGUUUCUGUUCUGGAACAUAACCUAAAUGUUAUCCCUGGAAUUCUGCAUCUGAAAGUGCUGCCAGGCUGGGCUUAUCUGAGUCAAUUGACCUUUAAAAUUUAUUUUGCUGCUGUCAAAAAGAAUGUGAGUCUGUUCACAGGAGAUUCCCAAGAUGAUUAGAAGCAGACACUCCUGAAAAGUGGACUUGUUGCAUAUUCUGCAAUCAAAGGAUGAUACAAAGUCUAUUUUUGGGGGGGGAAAAAUGCCUUCAUUUAAGAAUUAUUUUCAUGGGAGAAGUAGAGCCCAGAAAAGUUUGGUGUGAAUGGGACAGUUCAAGUUCCAGCAGGUAAAGACCUUGAAACCCAUGAUGUUGAUGCACACGGGCUUCAGAAAAUGCCCAAAUUCUUGCUGCUAGCACAGCAUGGAUGGUGGGAUGACUUUUCCAUGAUGGUUUAAUUGGCCCUGUAUGCUGUCAGGUGCAAGGAGCUGUCAGAGCCUGGCUUCAGCAGGAGACAGGCAGGCAGGCAGGGUUGGUGCAGUUGUACUUGGCUUUAUCUCAGGGUUUCCAGCCAUAGGUCAUCCCUUUAUCACACUCACUAGGAUUUAAGACCUUGACAAAUAGAUUUUUAAGCUUUCUAUAGGCAUGAAUAAUAUGUAGGACAGAUGGUUACGAGCCACAGCUAUAAACUGUGUGCUGACCUGAUAGACUUUGUAACUAUUGUACCUUUAACAACUGAUUAAAUACUUAUUAAAACAGCCACUGAUUAUUUAUUGCUCCUUUAUGAGGGAUUUGCCAGAUGCACUGAAAUCUAAAUCACGACCAGGUUUUCAAAGGAUUGGCAGGAUUUCUCCAGUUCAAAAUGACUCGUUUUAAUUAAAAAUUAUAAAGCAAGCUCUUUGCAUAGCAAGACAGAGAGCUGGAGGAGCAGCUGAUUCUGUACACACUGCUGUGCACUCAGCAUCCACCUGUCUGCAGGAGCACCGUGCAUCCAUCUGCAGUGAGCCCCAGCUCUGGGGAGUUAGCACUUCAAAGCGAAGAGGUGAGGGAAACCAACUCAGUGAAGUAAGCACUGACCAUUUUGGAGAGCACCCCCAGUUUCUGGUCCAUUUGGGGUCAAAUUGAGACUGCAAACAUCCCCACGCUGCCCGUUCCCCAAAAGGCAUCCCUGCUCCUGCAGAACCAAUGCAACACCUGCAACAUAUUUAUUUACUCCCUUCUUCUAAUAACUUCCUGGUCCCCUAACAAUCACAUUUGGCAAAAUCAGAGCCAUUUUCUCCAGAAAACCCAAGGACUGGUUCCUUUCCACUUUAUUCUACUUACUGAACCGCACAGCAGUGGAGAGGGUAUUUCUGCUCUCCGGGAAAAAGGCUGAGACUCCCCAGGUUGCUGUGAAGGAGGUGAUGGGAACUCAAAAGCUAUUAAAAAGAUUGCAGAGUUUGUGUUGGUUAUUAAAGCAGUGCUUCAGAGCUUGGCUCGAGUGCCUGGGGACUCACCAGCAAAUUACUGCCAGCUCCCAAGGAGGAGUGAUUGGCACCAGAGGUGGCGGGGAGUUCAGUUGUAGAUGCAUCUGCCUUUCUGUGCUAUUGAUGAGGCAGGGCAAGGCAAGCAGGGUCUUGUAAUGCACUGUGUUUAUUUAAGGCUACUUCUAUGGAUAAAGGAGGGGCUGCUCCAUUCAGAAAUCACUCUGAGCCAAAUGCCAUGCUGCAGCAGAAUCAGAUUUUGACCUGAGUGAGCGCAUAGCAGAUGCAGAAAGAAGUGAGCCUUUGUAGCUGGGGCUUACUCCAGCAAGCAAGCAGGAGGUCUUGGGGCCACACAGCCUCCAGCCCCAGAGGACACUGUGGAGCAGUCUGCCACAUGGGCACCCCAAAGCGCCAUAAUGUUCUUGGGCCCAUGGCAAGCAGCAGCUUUUGUCCCCUGAGGUCUCUGCAGGACCGGCACGUUGGUCGUCUGUCUCUGAGUGCAGAGCCACCAAGCUGGGGAAAGUUGGGCAGAAAUUGGGACAGGAUGAAAAACAAUGUUUCUCAUUUUGUGAACAAGUGUGAUAAGAGGAAAAUAACAACCCAGCUGUGUGUGGCCAUCACACAAAUAAAGAGCUUUCUGCAAAGAGAGAGUGGCGGGGCCGAGUGGUUUUUCUUUACAUUCUUCUGUGACAGUUCAUCACUAAGACGGAGGCCUCUGGGGUUUUUAGACACCUGGCUCUCAAUUAAACAGCUAAUCUGUGAAGCAAGGCACUUAAAGCAGGAAGGAAAAAUAGCUUAUCAAGUAAACCAGCUCUGGCCUUGGGCUGCUACCGGAUUGAAUAUCAAUAUCUUUAAGGGAUCCCUGAACAUGCGUGACAGCAGGGACCGUGACAUCGUUUCCAGCCACGCUGCCCUGAGUAGGGAGGAGAAGUGGGGAAUGGAUGCUGCCAGGGGCAGCUUGCACAGAGCAUCCAGACUGUGGCCUGCACGGAUGCCCAAUGUGGUCCUCAUCGUGUUGAGCCCCAGCAUGGCACUGGGCUCCUGGGGCUUCAUAAGGUUUUUAUUUUAUUUUAUUCUGUCCUGUUCUACUGUAUUUUAUACGGUUAUUGUUAGCAGUUCAUUGGUUUUGUGGUACAGAAAGGUGCAUCAGUGUUAUUUCACACAAUUGCAUGAACACAGCAGCUGAAGCUUUAAGCAAAACAGCAAAUAUCAGUGAAUUCCCAACAGAAUUGCAAGAUUUAGCAGGAUUGGCAGCUUUCCUCAGAAACUGGAAGUAAGCUUUGUGCCUCAGUUUCCCUUCCAGAAAGCAGAAAUAAUUAUACUCGUGUCUUUUGUGUUCUUUGAGGUCUACAGCCAAAGGACUCCUUAUCCAUUUGUCCAUGUCCAAUUGAUAAGAAUCAUUACUAGUUGCAUUUUUUCUUUCUUACUCUCUUUUGUGACUCAAGCCUGCCUUGUUGCAGUACUCGCUUGGGGGAAAAAGGUAAAAUAAUAGCUGUGAGAAUGCAUCCUCUAGACAGCUGUAGUUAUUAGAAUAUCAAUGUACCACCACUGGUACCUCUCUCUGCUGUAUGUAUUUAUAUACAUAUACAUAAUCAGAGAAUCGCCAAGAUGCUCUGCCAAGGGCUCCCACUGGUUUUUAUGUGAUGUUAUCAAAGGGAUGGUAGCUCAAAGAGAUCCUGUGCUGUGCUGACCCCAAGGGAGAGCUGUGAUGUUUCACAUGGAAGGUGGGAUGGAGCCAGUGCUGAAUUUCACCUGAGUAUGGUGCAGAGUGCUCUGCUGAUGUGUGGUUAGGAUAGGUGGUAUUAGUAUGUGGUAAUGAGCAUUUGGUGAGCAAGUGGUGAUUAAAGUUUGGUUGUUACAAUAAGGGUAGCAAGAAGUGAUGUAAAAUGAGUAUUGUGUGCAAGAAGACACCAGGAUUAAUUGAAUGGAAAGGGGGUUGUUUUCUCCAGGAAAGCCAGCAGUGUGUAAGGACAGCAGAAAAGUGCUUGACACCAGCCUGUCAGAUGGAGGAUGUUGCUGGUGGUGCUGAGAUCUCAGCCUGGGACAAGUGCUCACAGGUCCAGUGGUUGAGGCCAUGGCUUCCAUUUCUGUCACAACAGGGACAGUGGCAGCAGUCAGUGGGCAGAUGGCACCUAGGACUUCUGGUCCUCAGUGGCUUCUUCCCAAGUCUUGCCCAGUGAUGUGGCCAUCAGCUAGCCUGGCCUGGAAUUUGUCACCCAGAGUCACCAUCCCAUCACUGACCAGCCAUGGGCACAGCUCCUUCUGCAGCAGAAACCAUAAGGGAAGCACCUGCAGGUCCCAUAUCUGGAGUACGAAGCUGGACAAGAGAGAUGUGAGGUGGGAGAUGGAACCUGGGGGCAGGCAGCAUCCCACAUGACACCUACCUCUCAGAUGGUACCUUGGGGAUGCCAUGGGAGAUGUCCUGCUCCCCACCAGCACCUUCUGGGAAAUGAUUACCAUUGGGCAGGGUGAGGAAGGAGCUCGAGGAAUUCAGGCUGAAGGCUUCAGGUCCUAGGCUUCAGGUUGGGAGCAGAAAUCCUACCUGCACCUCAGAGAGGUCCAUGCAGAUCACGGAGCUGGUAGCUUUGUGCAGGGUGAACUCCUGCCAGGGCUUCAGGGGUCUCUUCUCAAGUCAGUUUUUGUCUCACCUUCAUUAAGGUGUUGUCAGAGGGGUGUCAUUCCUUGUCACUUGUCCAACCUAAUGAUGAAUGAAGGUGAAGUAGGGGGUGGGGGGAGGUGGAGGGAUUACUGCUGGUAAUUUAUUUAUCCUCAAAGUGAAGAUUCAUCUGGUACCUGAGCGCCCACCUGGGAAGCAUCCUCAUCCAGCUCUUCUACUGUUAAAGAAAACACACAAAGUGGACCAGAUCCCUUGGCAGCAGCAGAGCUGGGUCAUGAUGCACCUGCUGAGAGCAGGCAGACCUUUAAAUGUGAGGGAAAAGCCCUUGGUUUACCCGAAUCCUCCAGCCAGACCUUUGUGUUCUGCACAUAGCAUGGAAACAGCUUAACCCACACCCCUCCCACACAGGCUUAAGGAGCUCAGCACACUGAUGUAAUUGGUGUUUACAGCUGCAAACAGCUGGUCAGAAAUCAGAGCAGUGUAAAUAAUACUCUCCUGGGCAUGCUACAGUUUGGGAAGUGUUUGGGCUAACAGCAGCUUUAGGGGUUUCUCUAAGCUGAGGCAUGGGGCAGCAGUGUAAAAUUGAUCAGAGUGUGACAAGAAGUGGGUGUUGAGCAACAGGGUUAUAUUUUAAUUUGUUCAGCGUGAAAGCUGGGAGAUAGAUAGAAACAUCCAUUCGAGGCAGCACAGCCCAGAUGAGGGCAGCUUUGGGGACGCUGCCGCAGGGAAAUCUCACAAAGACAGAGACCUGGAUUUGGACAGUGGGUCCUAAAAGCACCAUAAGUUUCUGAGGGUUUCUCAAGCAGGUGCCCCAGGUGCUGUGCCAGCAUGUUGGAUUAUGCACCCAUAAUGGUGUUCACGUGGGCUGAGAACUCAGGGGUGAGUGCUGGGUGAGACACUGCGGCACCAUGAGGCCCACUCAGGCCUAACUCCACCGCUACACACAGAUAGGCUUCAAGCCAUGAAGGAGCUGAGUGCCCUGACCUUCAUGCCCUGAAAAUUAAAAAGGCUGAGGGCUGGCAGUCAUGACUUAUCCAUAUAGAGCUCAUUGAUUGCAAUCAGUGUUAAACAUCUCCUGUUUGCAUGGGUCAAGCUGCAGGCCCCUGCUGCAGGGCCAGGCCGCGCUCCUUGGCUGUUGCAAACCCUGGAAAUAGACAGCUCAUGGUGACAAACCCUGAGAUGUUGAUGCUUGUCUCUGUGCACAGAAAUACAUUCAGCCUCAUCCCCUGCCAUAUGCUGGCUGCUCCCCAGUUCAGGCUGCCCAGGGCCCUUCCACAGCCUCAGCACCUGCAGGGAUGGGGCACCCACAGCCUUGGGCAGCAGUGCCAGCACCUCACCACCCCUGGAUAAAAAGAAGGGGAAAGGGGACUUUGGUUCUUUGAAAGUCUUGGUACAAGCCCUAAAAGCAUGUCAGGAAGUGGUUCUGUCUGUCAGUGAAGACAGAUGUUUUUCAAGCUGGGCUGUGGGUAGGCAGAGUCCUCAGGACUUGGGGAUCAUUGAGAGCUGCCCCAUGCAGCCAGGGAGCUGCCACCCAUGCUGGAACAGGCUGCCUGGACAGCGAUGGAAAGUUGAAGCCCCAAAGCUGGCAAGACUUCAUCCCUAGCAGCGCUCAGGCAGAUGUUGGAGUACCUGGCAAGGGCCAGGGGGCUCUGAUGUAGCCAUGGAGAAGACCUGGGGAAGAGCAGCACCACCGUGUGCAUUGUAAAACACCUCCCGCAGCUCUGCACUGACUGCUCCUGGGUAAAUAUCACACUCUAUGUGUGAAGCACGCAGUAAUGAGCCCCAAACAGCCCCUCUUUUUUUUUCUGGAAAAUGAAAGUCAAACCAAUAUCUUUGGACAGCUGCAGUUUUUGUUGCAUGAACAAGAGCAAGCUGCCUGAUAGGCAGCAAGACUAGAUUUAAUUUAAUACAAUUCCCAGCCCUGAUCCUUCCUAGGGACUGCCCAUGAGAUAGAUACCCCAGGUAAGAACCCGGGAGGAUCAUGCCUUGCAGCUGUGGUGGCGGGCUGCAGUGCCUGUUUAUGAUUCCCAAGCAAACAGUGACAUCUCCUGUUAGCUCAGAAUGCAGCUCAAAGCCUAUGCUAGAGAGCAGCUAUCAGCUAGGAGCACAGUAUUUCCUUCACCACUUAAAUUUCUGGAAGCAAUUGCUUGCUUCCAGAAAAAUGAAGCCUUCUUCUAUCUGCAGAUGCAGAUCUGCAGGGUCCAGGUUGUCCUUGUGCAUGGGGAGAGCCAGCCUGUUCCAGGGGGACUUGUGGGGAAGCCCCAGGAGGUGGGCAUGAGCAAAAGUGCUGAAUGCAAACUGCUCUAAAAAGAGCAGUCCUUGAACUCUAAGUACAGACAGGUAAAAACUUUAUUUUAAUUGCAUUAAAGCUUUUAUUUGGAUGUAAAAUCUGUUUAAAUACUAUUUUAUGCCUAGGAAGCAGCCAGCAUACACUCAGAGUCAGCCUUGAUAAAUGCAUUUCUGCUGAGCUUUUCGCUGGCUGCAGCAGUCCCUACCCAGCACAGAGGGGUCUCCAGAGGCCAGCUGUAGUUGGGGAGCUGGUCCCCUUGCUCCAGCCUUGCUGGGACCCUUUUCCCCCUCCCCUUUUUGUAAGACUUGGGUAAUUCCC